AUGGCGGGCCCCCGGCGGCGAGCAGCGGCGCGCGCGGCCCUGCACCUCCUCGCCGUCGGUGCCGCCAGCCUGCGCCGUGCCGCGGCCGCGCCGCCGCCGCCGCAGCCGACGCUCGUCUUCUCCGCGGGCUUCUCCUCCGACGCGGUGCUGCAGCGCGGCCGCCCCGCCUCCGUGUACGGCUUCGCCUCCGGGGCCGCGGCGCCCCGCGUCUCCGUCGCGGUCGCGGGGGCCGACGCGGCGGGCGCCGCCGUCUCGUACGAGGUGGCGGCGGAGGUCUCGAGCUGGGGCGGCGACAGCUGGCAGCCGGACACCCAGCCGGCGCCGCCCCACGGGCCGUGGGUGUGGAGGGCCGUGCUGCGAACCGCCGCGGCCGGAGGGGAGUACACCAUCACGGCCAGCGACGGCUCGACCCACGGCUCCGCGUCGAUCGAGCGGGUGACGUUCGGGGACGUGUGGUUCUGCUCUGGCCAGUCGAACAUGGCCCUGAUGACAUACUUCACCUUCUCCGCGGAUGCGCUCAAGGAGGAGGUCCAGCAGGGGAAGUACGCGAACGUCCGGCACUUCCAGGUCGGCCACAUGAACCGCCACUACGCGGCGUUCGGCCCCCAGUGGGCGACCACGCAGAACAGCCUCGCCGCGGGGGAGGCGUUCGUCUGGCACAACCUCACCAGCUCCGCCGCGCUGCCGGACCGCCCAGACCCGAGGGGGGACCUGUCCCCCUUCGCCGAGUUCGGCGCCACGUGCCUGUACUUCGGCGUGGAGCUGGCCGACGCCAUGAGCGCACAGGGCCUCGGCAGCACCCCCAUCGGGCUCAUCCAGUCCUCCGUCGGGGGCACGCAGAUCGAGGCGUGGAUGAGCAACGAGACCCUGGCGCGCUGCUCGGACGAGGCCCCGUCCGGCGGGGCCGUGCCGCAGAACAGCGGCGCCCUGUACUACGGGAUGGUGGCGCCCUUCGUGAACUACUCCGUUCGGGGGUGGGUCUGGUACCAGGGCGAGAACAACGUCUACGGCGACAUGGGCAGCUCGUCCACGGGCGCCGGCUACGGCUGCCAGCUUCCCGCCAUGGUGAACUCCUGGCGCGCCGUGUGGGACGCGGCGCCGGAUGCGCUGUUCGGCAUUGUGACCCUCGCCGCCGAUACCAGCGAGGGGCGUGGGUGGCACAUGGCAGGCAUGCGCUGGAGCCAGACUGCGAACUACGGUGUGUGGCCCAACCCUGCGCUACCCUACACGUUCGGAGCUCAGGCCUACGACCUCGAAGAGCCAUGGUCCAUGGUGGGAGAUGGUAACAAGCAGGAGGACGGUGAGCUGUUGUGUUGCUUCGAUGGGCCAGACUGCGGCCACAGUCCUCAGCAUCCUCCAUGCCCCGACAAGCUGAACUGCUCACUGCCAGACAUCAGCACGGGCAGGUACGGCGACAAUUGCUCCGAGUGGGACAGCUCCCUGUGGAGUCCGGCCCUCAAGCCGCUGGAGGGCGCGGUGAGGGCCAACAGCCCCAGCGGGAUUCCUGGCAACAACUUCAUGGGCCCGAUCCACCCGCGCGUGAAGCGGCCUGUGGGCCGCAGGCUCGCGCUGGCCGCCGCCCGGCAGCUGGUCGGCGAGGCUGGCAGCGGCGCCUGGACCGGCCCCACGAUCUCCGGGUGCCGCCUCGAUGGCGGCAGGCUGGAGCUCUUCUUCAAUUCCUCCCUGCUGGGCGGGGAGGGCCUGAUGCUCCGGCCCUUCAACGCCAACCUCAGCAGCUGGAGCGAGCCUGGGCGCAACCUUGGGUGGACGGCGGCGCGCGACAGCCUCGGCACCAUGGUCUGCGUCGCCAACGCGUCCGCGCCGGAGCUUGGCAACGCGACCACCUGCAUGUGCCAGGGCUGGAACUACGUCAUCCAGGAGGACGGCACGGCGCGCAGGACGUUCUGGUACUGCGAGGACGGGCCGGGGUACAGGCCGCCGGCACCCGUGCUGGCCGCGGAGGCGGCGCGGCGGAGGCUGGCCGAGAAGGUCUGCAGCCGUUGGCCGUCCGUCUGGCCUGGCCCCUCUUCGACCAGCCGCACGAGAGGGGUGACACGUGCUGCCCGGGGAGCGACGUGCAGUCCGGCAGGGCGCCCUGCGUGCCUGGCAACUGCCCGCUCUACAGCUCGGGGACCGAGCUGCCCGCCAACCCGUUCUUCGCGAGCAUCGUGGGCGGCAGGUGCAGGUGCAGCCUGCCCCAGGUCUGCGCGGACGCCGCCAGCCUCAGGGUGGGCGCGGAGGUGGCGGUAG